ACUGAGCGAAGGAGUGAGCGGAGCGGCCGUCGCCCGAGCGGAGCUGAGCAGCCAGCCAGCCUGCCCGCCGCCCUCCAGCCCGCGCUCCAGUCCGCAGUGUCUAGCAGCGGGGCCCAGCAUGGUCAUGGCGGAUGGCCCGAGGCACUUGCAGCGCGGGCCGGUCCGGGUGGGGUUCUACGAAAUCGAGGGCACGCUGGGGAAAGGCAACUUCGCCGUGGUGAAGCUGGGGCGACACCGGAUCACCAGGACGGAGGUGGCGAUAAAAAUAAUAGAUAAGUCUCAGCUGGAUGCAGUGAACCUUGAGAAAAUCUACCGAGAAGUACAAAUAAUGAAAAUGUUAGACCACCCUCACAUAAUCAAACUUUAUCAGGUAAUGGAGACCAAAAGCAUGUUGUACCUUGUGACAGAAUAUGCCAAAAAUGGAGAAAUUUUUGACUACCUUGCUAACCACGGCCGGUUAAAUGAGUCUGAGGCGAGGCGCAAAUUCUGGCAAAUCCUGUCUGCUGUUGAUUACUGUCAUGGUCGGAAGAUUGUGCACCGUGACCUCAAGGCUGAAAAUCUUCUGCUGGAUAACAACAUGAAUAUCAAAAUAGCAGAUUUCGGUUUUGGAAAUUUCUUUAAAAGUGGUGAACUGCUGGCAACAUGGUGUGGCAGCCCCCCUUAUGCAGCCCCAGAAGUCUUUGAAGGGCAGCAGUAUGAAGGACCACAGCUGGAUAUUUGGAGCAUGGGAGUUGUUCUUUACGUCCUUGUCUGUGGAGCUCUACCUUUUGAUGGACCGACUCUUCCAAUUUUGAGGCAGAGAGUGUUAGAAGGAAGAUUCCGGAUUCCGUAUUUCAUGUCAGAAGAUUGUGAGCACCUUAUUCGAAGGAUGUUGGUCCUAGACCCGUCCAAACGGCUAACCAUAGCUCAAAUCAAGGAGCAUAAGUGGAUGCUCGUAGAAGUUCCUGUACAGAGACCUGUUCUCUAUCCACAAGGGCAAGAAAAUGAGCCAUCCAUUGGGGAGUUUAAUGAACAGGUUCUGCGAUUGAUGCACGGCCUUGGAAUAGAUCAACAGAAAACCAUUGAGGCUUUGCAGAACAAGAGCUAUAACCACUUUGCUGCCAUCUAUUACUUGUUGGUGGAGCGCCUGAAAUCACAUAGGAGCAGUUUUCCUGUGGAGCAGAGACUUGAUGCCCGCCAGCGUCGGCCUAGCACCAUCGCCGAACAAACAGUUGCCAAGACACAAACUGUGGGACUCCCAGUGACGGUGCAUUCACCAAACGUGCGAGUGAUGCGAUCUGCCCUCCUCCCACAGGCAUCCAAUGUGGACACCUUCACGUUUCCAGCAUCCGGCUGUCAGGCGGAAGCAGCAUUCAUGGAGGAAGAGUGUGUCGACACUCCAAAGGUAAAUGGCUGCCUCCUGGACCCUGUGCCUCCUGUCCUGGCGAGGAAGGGGUGCCAGUCACUGCCCAGCGACGUGAUGGAGACCUCCAUUGAUGAAGGGCUGGAGACAGAAGGAGAGGCCGAGGAAGACCCCGGGCGGGCCCUGGGCGCCUUCCAGUCCACACGCGGCGGGCAGAGGCGGCACACUCUGUCGGAAGUGACCAAUCAGCUGGCCGUGAUGCCUGGUUCAGGUACGCUUUCCAGGAAAAUUUUCUCCAUGAGUGACAACCCCUCCCUUGACAGUGUGGACUCUGAGUAUGAUAUGGGGUCUGUUCAGAGGGACCUGCACUUUCUUGAGGACAACCCUUCCCUUAAGGACAUCAUGUUAGCCAAUCAGCCCUCACCCCGCAUGACGUCUCCCUUCGUGAGCCUGAGACCUGCCAACCCCACCAUGCAGGCUCUGAGCUCCCAGAAACGAGAGGCCCACAACAGGUCUCCAGUGAGCUUCAGAGAGGGCCGCCGGGCGUCAGACACUUCCCUCACCCAAGGAAUUGUAGCAUUUAGACAGCAUCUUCAGAAUCUGGCUAGAACCAAAGGAAUCCUAGAGUUGAACAAAGUGCAGUUGCUCUAUGAGCAGCUAGGAUCAGAGGCAGACCCUAACCUGGCAUCGCCUGCUCCUCAGCUCCAAGACCUGGGCAGCAGUUGCCCUCAGGGGGAAGCUCCUCCUCAGCAGAAGAGCGUGUCUGCGCUCCCCGGCAGCGCGCACCCUCAGCUCUCCCAGCGGCACAGCCUAGAAGCCCAGUACCUGCAGCACAGACUCCAGAAGCCCAGCCUUCUGUCAAAAGCCCAGAACACCUGUCAGCUUUAUUGUAAAGAACCACCACGGAGCCUUGAACAGCAGCUGCAAGAACACAGAUUGAAAACGGGGGCCGCUCAUUUCAGAGUCCCCGGAAUGGCAGAGUCACAGAUCGGCAUAGAUGCCUGCCCCCCACAGGGCCAUGAGCCACUGAGCCCAGGAAAGCCGGGAGCGACGGCAGGACGACUGGGCUGACAGAUGAGGCGGGAGAGGCCCCAGAGGUAGACACUGGGGAGCACCCAGCCGUGGCGGGUCUGUUCAGACCGACGACAGCAGGGUGAAUAGCGUGACCCAUCCUGCUGGACUAUGUUGUAAGCUCCUGUUUGCUUUUCUCAUUUAUUUCAAGCAGAAAUCAAUAAAUUCCAUAACAAUCUGUAUUUGCUGAAACGUAAGCUGGCGAGGAGACUGGUGCCAUCCGUCAGUCAGGUGUUUUCCCAGCGCCGUCUGACCAUCGCCGUUGCUCUGUCCCCCGACUAGUGAGCGACCUAUGUGAGCCUCCAAGCAGUUUUCUCUUCACAGAUACUAAAGUAACACUACGAAGGCUUAGUACUAGAGGUACUUUGAAAUCAUGACUUUCUUUCCAGUCUGUUUCACAUUAGCAGUGUGUACACUACUGUAUAAUAACCAUUAGCUUUAUUAUCUUGUAAACCAGGCUCCUCUGAAGAGACUUUGGUGAGAUGAACGUGAGGUAAAAAUUUCAUUCAGCAAAAAGUGCAAUAUGUGUGGUACUCUGUUUUUUGUUUAUGCUUUUUUUUUUUUUUUUUAAAUCCAGGGGUAUUAGUCUCUGCUUUGGGGAAAAUGCACUAGCUCUGCAAUUUCCAGUUGGGCGAGUGUGUCUCUAGUAUUUACAUGCCGCUGAUAUGCUGGUCCCUGUAAGGCAAACAGCACGUCAGCGCAGCAGAGAGGGUGGAUGUUCCACUUGAAACUGGUGAGCUGCGCUGACUGUCCCCUGCCGCCUCUGCCCCGCCCAGGCCUGCCCCGCCCUCUUGCUGCCCUGGGAACACAGAGGAGGACCCUCCAAUCUGCACGUAAGGGGAAGCAUCUGGGGCCCAUCAAGGAGGACUGGGAGAUGGCACUCUAGGACUCCUGCCUUUCUGCAUCCAACUUUGCCUCCGAGGAAAGAGAAAGUCAGAGUCGCUUUUUCCUCAGAGCGUUGAAGCGGUAUCCCAAGUCAGUCAGGCAGGACUGCAGGAGCCCACGAUCGGAUCGGGACCAAAGGCAGCUCUCACCUCAGAGUAGUGGGGGGCCUGUGCCCUUAUGGGGAGGGAGGGGACCGCCUGGUGUGAGUGUCGCCCCCCGCCGACGACAGGCCUCUGCAGAAGGGACUCGCGGUGGCACUGGCCUCUUCCUCUCUGCCCGAAAGGGGGCUUCUCAGAGAAAUGAGUUCUACCUAAUUGUUAGAGUUGCGAAGAAGGGUGUGUUCACAGCCCAAGAGUGACUGGCUGGCCAACCAGAAAUUAAAGAAAGGUGAGAAGCGGCAGCCUCCCCUCUGGCUGGUCGGGGGUCCAGGCGCACGGUGGUCAGAACAGCCCCUGCUCAGGUGCGGGCGGUUCACACACGUGGACCUGAGGAAAUGAAUGGUUUCCUUUGCAGGGUCCUCCCAGCUGUGGUCAGGCCCCAGGUAAAUACUGGCUUCUGUGUUGGGCUCAGGAUUUCUAGCCCUGGAUUACAUUUAAAAGCCUGUAUCAGCAGUUACACUUAAGCUCCCUGUUGGCUUAAGGAAAAUCUCACUCUAGAUAAUUUUUCACAUUCGUCCUCCUUUGAGACAAUUCGUAGGGUCCUUGGACGACACUGGUCCCAGUGAACAGUUGCAGAACCCCUGUGCCGGGGCUCACCUUGGCUGCAUGUGUACCCCUAAACUGGACUGCCUCAACUGCCUCCUUGGAAGCCACCGAGCCGCUCAGUCUCUUUGUGCCUAGACAUCAAAGGUAAAAACUGGAGAACAGGUAGUAAGUUGGAGUCAUCGUAUAGGCAGGGAGCUUUGAUCGUUUUGUUGCUUCUGGAAAUUUUUCCAGAACUUAUCUUCAGAGUGAUGUGUGGAAGACAAGAGCAGUAUCAUCUGCCUCUCUUUCUAAGCUGGACAAAACAAAUGAUAACAAAUUUAUGUAUCCCUUCUGACAGGUUCGCUGGUUUGGUCCUCCCUGGCGUGUGGUCCCAGGGAAGAGACUAAUUACAGAGCUCUUUGUGUCUGUCAGCCUGCAGCCCCCGGAAGGCACGAGAUGACCUCAGGCUGGCCUUCCACAGCCCCUCUUGGACCCCGAGUCCCUGGUCUCACAGUGCCCCUCACAUCUUUGUUUCACCAUUUUUCCCCAUGAAGGUAGCCUGGCUGAUUACAGAAGACUCGCAGCCGCCCUAGCUAUACCACCAUCUUGUCCACAUCUGGGCAGAUUUCAACACAUUUGGCAGAAUGGGGCACCUACUGUUGUAGAGAUUGAGAAAUAGGCAGCAGCACAGCCCGCAGCCAGUGAUAGGUUUGAUGGUUCCUGCCCAAGCGCUCAGCUUGUCUGUCCAAAAGGAGCAGUAGCUUCUGUCUGUACAUCAAUUUACCAGGCACUUUCACGAGUAAUCUUUUCUAAUGCUCACAACAGUACUAUGAAGUUAGUUGAGCAAAUAGGCCUCAUUUUUUACGGCUGGGUAAACCAAAGCUCUGGGAAGGCUAUGUGACUUGUCCAAGCCACAGAGCUCGUGAGCGGAGGAGGCGGGACGGGCUUUUGGGUGCUCUGGCUUCUCAAUCCACGCUCUUCCCUCCUGGGUAGCAGCUGACUCUUCUCAUGAGCAAACAGCUGUAUAAACAAAGCCCCCACCUUGGUUAAGCACUGGGUGAAUGUGACAUUGUCCCCGAAACCUUACUCCCACUUGACAGCCGCCUGGCUUUGGGGGAAGUGUUGCCCUCCAGGUAACAACUGUAGUUGUCCAGGUGGCCCUGCAUGAACAAGGCCAAGGGAGACACAGGCCCCGCAGAUCGCCAUCUUUCCAGCAUCCCAUUAACUACAGAAGUUCAGGUUCACAUCACAGAUGUCUCAUUUCUCCACCUCACACAAUACAGUAACCUCCUGAAAAAGUAUAUGACGGGACACACCCUUUCUUGAUCGCCAAGGGGCCAAAUUGCACUGCUUUGACUCACCAUCGCAGACCAACAGACUCAACCCCAGGAAAGGGUGUCGCUCAGAAAAGAAUCAGGAACUCAGCCCAGUCCUGAGGAGGGGGAUAAAGUAUCAUCUUUACAGUUAAGACCCGUCAAGUAGAAGUGCUGAUCAAGUACUUUUAGGGUUAAAAAAAUAACAUACUUUGAAUACUUUUGUCUUCAGAGGCAAAGUGGGUGGGUUAGGGAGGAGCUUUAAAAAUAGAAGUACAAAAUAACAUCCUGGAAAAAUAUGACCCCAGAUUGGAAUAAUGUUAUAUUAGCAAAUACAGAUAACAGGGACUUGCCACUGGCUAUGUGAUGCCUAUCUGUGCAAGAUUUGCUCAAUCAAGGAAAUACACGUGGUGAUGCUGUCCCACUACUGAUGGCGAGAGAAAUCUGCCUCCACCAAAAUCUCUGAAGGAAAAAGAACCAGAGUGAAAAGGAGGUUUGCUUCUCUUUGGGGAUUGCAAUUUAGGAAGUAAAAUUGAUACAGAGAUAUUUGCACUUUGUAGAAAGGGCAAGAUUAUUUGCUUAUUUCUGAAGGGAGGAGGGUGGUCUUUGCUGGAUGUUUGGUUUGUGAAAGAGUUACUUUUGAUUAAAUUAAUCUAAUUGUAGUUAUUUUUUUCUGUGUGCUUUUUUUUUUUAAUUACUAAGAAAAUGGUGAGUUCAAUAGCUUUGGUAUUUUGAGUGCAAAUCAUAAUAGCUCCAAUGGGAAAAAAAUCAAAAUGUAACCUGUCACUCAAUGUUAGAAAAUUGCUUUAAAAUGCAGUUUAAUAAAUGAUCUUUGUAUCAAACAUAAUUUAAAUGGGGUACUUUUCUGCAAGGAAAAUGUACUGUUUUUACGUUUCCAACCCUCUUGAAUUAAAAUAAAAACAACUUGUUUUCUAA